UCCGGGGAGUGGCUUUGCACACAUGUGGACCGCUUGUUUACAAUGUGUGGAAGAGAACAAGGUGUGUACACUUAACGUCACUAAAGUUUCCCUACCCCGCGGCUGCCCAUUUGUAAGCGAUCCAGAGUGGAAUAACGCAUCAUCUCUGGUCGUGCCAUCAGGAUCAAAAUAACGGAGUUGUGAGCCCUUGGCUGCCGCGUUGACCUGCCUGUGGCGGCCGUAAGAGUGACCGCUUUCUACCCAAGAGCAGAGGACCUGUGAUAAGAUGACUGCAGCGACGCGGAGCCCCGGCUGUGUCUCUGCCUCUGUGCUGCUCGCUGUACUCCUCCAGCUGCAGUUGCUGCAGGCUGCAGCCUCCUCCUCUGCAGCAGCAGCCUGGACGCAGACUGGACCCCGCCUGCAGCUCUCACACGCAGAGCUGCGUCGUGAGAGGAACAGUUCAGCGCUGUUCUGGGAUGGGGGUGUGAGCGGGGGCUACCAAGCCCUGCUGCUGGAUGAGGAUCGUGGUACACUGCUGCUGGGAGGGCGGGACCACAUCUACCUGCUCCAAUCAGACAACCUGGAGAAGCCCACACGCACGAUCUAUUGGCCAGCUGCUAGGGAGCACGUGGAGCACUGCAGACUGGCAGGGAAGAACCUAUUGACGGACUGUGCCAACUACGUGCGCCUGUUGCAGCCCUUUAACAAGACUCAUGUGUACGCCUGUGGGACCGGUGCCUACCACCCACAAUGCACCUUCAUCCAUCUGGGGCACAACACGGAGGAGUUCCACCUCCUGGCCCAUGCAGUAGAGUCAGGGAGGGGCAAGUGUCCCUUCAGCCCCAGAGAGCCCUCCACUGCCCACCUCACAGAUGGAGAUCUGUAUGCAGGCACGUCGGUGGACUUCAUGGGUACCAACGCCGCUAUCUUCCGCACAUCUGUCCAGGGCAACAACCAGCACUACCUGCGGACGGAGGCCUAUCAGGACCACUGGCUCAACGAACCAGAGUUUGUGGGCUCCUUUUCCAUCCCGGACACCCACAGCGCAGACGAUGACAAGGUUUACUUCUUCUUCAAGGAGACAGCUGUGGAGUCUGGGCAGUGGGACAAGCGUGUUUACAGCCGAGUGGCUCGGGUUUGCAAGAAUGAUGUGGGUGGUAAGAGGAGCCUGAUAAACCGCUGGAGCACCUUCCUGAAGGCCCGUCUGGUCUGCUCUGUCCCCGGGCCUGGAGGACUGGACUCACAGUUCAACGAGCUUGAGGACAUAUUUGUUCUGGAGACUAAGGACCCGCAGAAUCCAAUCAUCUAUGGUGUUUUCUCCACAUCCAGCUCUGUAUUUAGGGGCUCGGCUGUCUGUGUUUACUCCAUGGCUUCCAUCAGAGCAGCUUUUAAUGGCCCCUUCGCCCACAAGGAGGGCCCUGACUACCGCUGGGUGGAGUACAAGGGGAGGAUCCCCUAUCCACGACCUGGAACAUGUCCCAGUGAGACAUAUGACCCGCUCCACAAGUCCACGCGGGACUUCCCUGAUGACGUGGUCAGCUUCGUGCGGGGCCACCAGCUGAUGUGGGAGGCCAUCCUUCCCAUGGGCCGCCGGCCUGCCUUCACCAGAGUCAACCAGGCCCACACCCUGAGGAGGGUGGUGGUGGACAGGGUGGAGGCCGAGGACGGACAAUACGAUGUACUCCACCUCGGCACGGAUGACGGCAAGGUGCUGAAGGUGGUGUCUAUACCUAAAGAGGACUUGGGAACAGACGAGAUCAUCCUCGAGGAACUCACAGUGUUCCAGAGCCCUACCCCCAUCCUAAGUAUGAAGCUGUCUACCAAGCGGCAACAGUUGUAUGUGAGUGGCGAUGGUGGGGUGGUUCAAUUGGCCUUGCAGCGAUGUGAGCUGUAUGGAAGGGACUGUGCUGACUGCUGUCUGGCCAGAGACCCCUACUGUGCCUGGGAUGGGCAAACCUGCAGCAGAUACUUCCACACAAACAAACGACGCGCUCGCAGACAGGAUGUCAAGUACGGGGACCCGUGGAGCCAAUGCCAUGACUUAGGAGAUGGUUCCGAGUCUGUGGAGGUGAAGGUGAUCUACGGGGUGGAGAGUAACUCCACCUUCCUGGAGUGUGUGGCCCACUCUCAGCAGACCUCCGUCAGGUGGACGGUGCAGCAGCCCCAGGCUCACACCAGCAAAGAGCUGCUUCAGAGUGAGGAGCGGCUGGUGCGUCUGAAGCGAGGCCUGUUAGUCCAGGGGCUAGAGCUGGAGGAUGCUGGCCUGUACACCUGCGUGGGCCAGGAGCACUCCUACUCCAAGGUGUUGGCUCGAUACAGUCUCCAGGUCAUCCCCAGACACCACCUGACCAGCCCAGGCCCAGGGAGGGGCCCCGGAAGAGCUCUGGCAGACAGGCACUCCGAGGGACUCCGUUCCCAACUCCUUCAGAGGAACUACAAGGAGCUGCAGCUGGAGGGCACCGCUGGGCUGAGCGUGGACGAGUACUGCGAGCAGCUGUGGUACAGGGAGAAGCGGAGACAGCAGAAGCUCCGCACGCUCAAGUGGAAGCAGUCGGUGGAGAGCCGCAAGGCCCGUGUACGAAGACACAACCCUCCCCAUGACAACCCUCCCUAUGACAACCCAUCUCAGUGAUGCCUGAGAGGGGAGGGGAGGGCAGAGAGACUUUGGGGAGGAUGGUUAUGUAGUCUUCAGUGCUAAGGAGUUAAGGGACAGAGACUUUGGGAUACAAACUAUAUAAACGGGAUUGUAUAGCCUUCAGUUCUAGGACGAGUGGUUUAGGAAACUUUCUGUUGAAGAAAGGGGGUAUGUAUAUUAGUGGUAGUUGGCUAUGCACAUGGAAAGGACCUUCAACAGAUAUGAAAAAAAAUAUUGAUAAUAUCAAUUAUGUAAUGACUUUUCAUGUUACCCAAUAGAGAUCUAUUUUUGAUAGACCUUUCUCAAUUCAUUUCUUAAACAUAAGCUCUCGCGUGUGAAGGGGACAGUGGGGUUGUUCCGGUCUGAACUACAUCCCCCGGGUGGCAGUGGACUACAGGGCUCAUACAGGAUGUGUUGCACCACCGUUAUACAACCAAGGAUGUCCCUGAAAUAUUGUGCUUCCUUCUUGGCACAAAAACAUGUCUUAAGAGUUUUUCUCCCAUGUGACAAAAAACAUGUCUAAGAUUCGCAGCUCAUGUUUGCAUUUGUCAUCACCACCAUCACACUUCUGCUUCAUCUAGCCAUCAGGCUCACAAAGUAUGUGUCGAGGGAGACCCUGUAAUAAAUAAUGUUGAAAUCAUCCCGCAAAUAACUUCUUGUGAGACAAUUUGAGACGCCCAAUUCUUUGUGAACCUCAGUCAAGAUCCAUAAACAUUUACAAAAUGUGAUCUUUACCAUCUUCAAACAGGUUUUCAUUCCAUAUUAGAGAUAUGUUUGAUGAUCUGUUGCUUAACAGUUUGAUUAAAUUCAGGUCAUUGUUUGUACUGAGGUGAUCACCCAAAUCUGUUAUGAAAGGCAAGUAAUGUAACUAAUCUAGCAGCACCAUCUAGUGUUACUUUCAGUGCACAGCAGUAUUUUUUUUACUACACUUAUGUAUCCCAUUCAGUAGGUUGAAUUAACCUAUUUAUGCUUAAUCGUAGUUCACUAUAAAAUACAUAAUGUUAGAAUGUCUUGACUGAUAUUCAGUGAAAUGGACUGGACCAUCAAACAGUGUGAAACCUACUAAUAUUGAUGAUGCUGUCACAAUGUGCAUUAGUCCUGGUGCAAGAUGUUGGAAUCAAUCAGUGCUCACAUCAUACCUUGGGCAAUGAUGGUGUUUUGAGAUUUGAGGUUGGGAUUUGCUUUACAUAUGUUUCUGAGGCUCACAUCAACCAGGAGAAAAUCUGAACUUCAGCAUUCUUUAUGAAACAAUUUUGCCAUUGAAUAAAAGUAAUGUUGACCAAAA